AUGAACGUCUUCGAAGGCGUCGAAGGCGGGGACUCGGUCGUUCAGUCUCAACCAGCGGGUUCCAGCACAUCGGCAGCGGCGGCGGCGGCGGCGGCGGGAGGCGGGCAGGCGAAGAAAACGUUCCCCAAGACGGGCGUCUCGUAUGUGCUGUCGCUGGAGCACGAGUACCUCAACUCGCACAAGCUGAGCAUCUGCGCGAAUUGUCUGGCGUUGGGCUUCGAUAAGAGCCUCAAGCGGUGUGCGGGGUGUGGGAUGGUGGAUUAUUGCUCUAAAGAGUGUCAAAAAGCGCAAUGGAAACAGCACAAGCCCUUCUGCCAUAUGACGCAAGGCAAGGGUCGGCCGAACGGCUACCUGACGGCCCAAGCGCCCGAGCAGCUCCUGCGCCUCCUGGUCGACGCCUACCGCCUGCGCACCGAGGUCGACCACUCCGAUGGCGACUGCGAUCAUGGCGUCUACUACAACGCCGAGACGGGCCGCUGGCCCAAGGGCGUGGUAUGGGCCCAGGGCGACGCGUACGCGGAUUUCCAGCGCUGGCUGGACUUGUGCGAGGAAGCGGCAGUGUUGCCUGAGUGGUGGCGCUUCGAGGAUCGGAUGGAGUGUCUGGCGAUGGCGAUUGAUAAGGGCGAGGAGGCGAAGGAGAGCGUGUGGCAGACGCUGGAUCAAGCGGAGUUGGUCACGAGGUAUGAGGGCGAUGCGAGCGUGAGGAGUGCGCUGCUCGUGCUGGCGGAGUUGGUGGUGGGGUAUGAGGGCAAGGGGCGUGCGGUGAACGAUAAGUGGUAUGUGAAGUUCAGUGAGAAUCUGGACUUGCAUCCAGAGGAGAGGGCGAGGCUGUUGAAGGGGAGCGUUGAGGCUGUGAGGAGGGCAUUUGAGGAUCAGGGGUUGAAGGAUAAGGUCGAGGGGAAGCAGAAUGAGGAGGGUGACAAGGCAUCGUGA